AUGAUCAGUGAAUUGCCCGUUCGCUACCCGUUUUUAUCUAAUCUCCGUGCUAACGUUGAUAGUCCUAUGAACCGACGAGGUUUCCGUUACACGCCCUGCGAAGCAAGUCGCAUGCUCCCCACUGUCUCCUACCGAAAUACAGAGUAUGCCCCCUACGCUCCACGGAUAAACUUUGAAGACAUGAACGCAGCGGUCCACGUAAAUCGCAACGGUAGCGCUAUCACAACCGCUAAGGGGUGGAGAAUGGCACGCGCGAAUGUCGGUGUUAGGGAAGGGGACUGGUACUACGAGUGUAAAAUAGUCCGCGGGAUCCCGUCGGGUGGCCAUGUUCGUGUCGGGUGGGCCCGGCGUGAGGCGCCGUUGGAUGCGCCGGUUGGAUUUGAUGGCUACUCGUAUGGGAUCAGGGAUUUAUCAGGGCAGAAGGUCCACAUGUCCCGUCCGAAGGAUUUCCUGGAGGAGAAUUUUGAGGAGGGAGAUGUCGUCGGAUUGCGAAUUUGCUUGCCAAGCCUAGAUGUGCAGAGAGGUCUCACGGAGGACCCAGUGGUCAGAGCCCGAGAUCUGAUACGUGAUCGUAUCCCCAUCAGAUUCAAGAACCAGCUAUGGUUCGAGCAAUUUGAUUACCAGCCAACGAAGGACAUGGAGGAAUUGAUGAACCCAAGCCCAGGCGCUAAAGCCUGUACGCCACCAAAAACACUUCCGAAUUCACUCAUCAAAGUCUACAAGAACGGCAAGUACGUCGGAACACCCUGGGAGGACCUCUUUGCCUUCUUACCCCCCGCCUCGAGACCUUUAGCUACCGCAGGCGGACGAGAACUCGACGACGGGACGUUAGGUUAUUACCCCGCUGUUAGUGUAUUUAGAGGUGCGAUUGUUGAGACAAACUUUGGUCCGGACUGGCUGGCUCCACCAGACGUGGAAGAUAUUUCUGGGAUGAGACCUUUAUGCGAGCGUUAUAACGAGCAGAUUGCUGAGGACAUUACUUAUGACAUCGUGGAUGAGGUUGGUCUACUCUUCACUAAAGUGCCUGGAGUGGACGAUGCCACAGCUGCGCCGGGGGUGGCGGCGGAAGGUGGAGAAAAUGGAGGAUUAGUGAAAGAGGAAAUCAAGGAGAUGGUUAUGGAGGAUGAGUAAUGAGUAGGGUGUGCAACAUUGUAUGUACUAUAGGCGUAUCAGGCUUCUAUAUUUCUGUCUCUCCGAGAUAACUUUUUCUCCUUUGCUUCCUGCGGACAUCUAACUGGAUAAAAUACCGGCAAGUUUUAUCAUAUGUUAAUGAUAAAGCUGGUGUUUGGUGGUCGGACGCAGUGGGUUGAACUGUGUUUAGUAUUAAAAUACCAUGUACAGUACGGUGCACCCCGUGGCACUAAUAGUUCAAUUUAGAACCCAAAACAGCGUAACAUAUUAUUUCUCUAGAA